AUUACGUGAUAGACUUUAUUCCUAAAAUUUAACAUCAGAAGCACGCUGUAUUCCUUUUUUAAGGAAAAUAGAAAUUGAAAUUUGCUGGAGAAAAUCUCAUUUGUUUUCUUGAGCGCAAAAGAAAUGGUGAUCCAAUUUGAGUGUGGAGUCAAAAUCAGUCGACUCAAAAUAAAAGUUGUGCAAAUAAAAGUGUAAAUAAAAACAUAGUAAAAUUGAAUUGAAUGAAUAAAAGGAAUUAUUAAAAACAUUUGUUUAAAUUUGAAAAAAUUGCAUUAAUUGUUUUCCCUUAUUACGAAAAUUAAAACUGUGCGUUAUUACAUGAAGGAGUUGUGCACAAAGGCGACACGGCAGAUUUCAAUUGGAAGAUAAACUGGAUUUUUUAGAGCAACAGCGGGGGGAAGAGUAAAGGUGAAGUUUACUGUCAGCGCCAAUCGUACCAGCGGGAGCACUGGAGCAAAACGUUUGGGGAGAGCUACAUAAAGAUCGAGCAUUGCUCGCACUGUCCGGUUCGUUGCUCGGUUUUUGCCUUGCGGUGCGAGGUUGUACGUGUUGUGGAUUUUUGCGUUCAGUGGUUGAUUAACUUGGUCUUGCCACUUUGUUUAAGCAGUCUGCGCGGCAAGAAGAUCGUUGUUGCAAUCAAAAAUCAAGUUAACACGCAAUGGCAAUGGCAACAUUGUUGGUAGCGCUUGAUAUAGUAGGCACAGGUAAAAUUUUCACAGCAAAAAGAAUAACGAAGGCAUUAAUAAUAAUAACAACAACUACUGGGAAUGCUACGUGAGCUCUUUCGUCUUGGCAGACAGUGUGAUUUUUUUCUGUUUGCCUGGUUUCGUGCUGCUUGGAUGAUUCAGCCUCGAGAUCAAGACAAGCUUAGAAAGACAGAAGUAGCCACAUCAAAUUGCAAAUUUUCAAUAGCAACAACUAAAACAAUUUAGUCAUUCGCGUCGAAAAAGACGAGCAGACAGUCCGAAGACAUCACCGUACGGCAAUCGCAAAGGCUAAAAACUGCGCGUAUAUAUUGUAAUGGAGAUUAGUCGUGCUUUGGCCGAGUCAAUAGAAUCCCAAGACGAUCGCAAUCAUUAACUGAAGACAGGCAAAGUGUAUGUCGAUUCCCAGGGACGGAUAUAAAACCACAUAUAAUCAAAAUGGAAAUUCUCAUGAAGUUAAAAUGCUCUUCGUCUGUGCCGCCGCACGGUAAUAACAAUACCACACUCAAAGUUGUUGACCACCAUCAUCAACUUACUCAACAACAUGCACCUUUGGCUGCAGUGCCAACAGCACCACCACCUUCACUUAUUCGUUUGCCAUCUUCGCAAACAAAUGUUAAUUAUAACUCUUCACCAUCAUUACCACCGAUCUUGCUUCAGUCUGUACCUCGUAUGUCAACAACAAGACCGUGCUUGAAUUAUUCAAAGCCUCCUCAGUGCUGUAAUGUCGUUGCUGCACAACAAGGAACUGAGUUAUUUGAACCAAUCUGGGAUCAACAAGGGCGACGUGGCCUUUCAUACGAAGUCUCCAUGCAACGGACACCAAAUUGUUGUGCAAAUGUAACUGGGAAUAAUUUAUAUGAAACAACUGCAUGUUGCAGUGGUACCUGCCAUCCGCCAGCAUAUGUUGGAACACCGCCCCCCUCCACAAAUUUAAUUGCUUCACCACUCUUAUCACAACCCCCGCCACUACAACAGGCGCCGAGUAUGCAACCCCCACCUUUGGCCUAUCCCACUGCAACUUCAGAUAAUACGUUUGAAAAUUGUCCAAAUACAUCCUCAAACACACACUACGAGUAUCAGGAACCUGAAGAAAAUUUUAUUUCCAUCGAAGAUAAUAAAAUCAAAAGUCUUCUUAUGAAAAUUGGACGAGAAUGUGCAUUAGAAAGAAAAAAAGGGAAGAAAAGAACAACUGAAAACGCCACUAUUUCCGCAGAAAAAGUGAAAGAGCAACAAGUUUUGUUUGAGAUUAUUGAUUUAGACGAUGAAGAUGACCGAGAAGAGUUGCGUCAAAUAAGGAACCAAGCGGAGAAAGCCAACCUCAAAACCACCGCACAGACUAAUAUUCAGCAUCUGAAUCUAUCGCCAGCGAUUUUGCCUACUAUAGGGCAUGAAAAAAGUCGACCAAGACUAAAAUCUCCAAGUAUUAGUCUUAUUCCAAAAAGUCCAACCACACAAACGAAGAACGAGCAAGCACUUGAGCCGAGCAAAAAAGAUCCCUCCAAGGAACGGAUAAUUGCACACAUUGAACUGUCUGACAGUAGCGAUUCUGAGACGGAAUGUGUUAAAGCAGUUUAUGAUGCAGGGAAUCCAAGCAGCGAAGUUGAAGCCAAUGUGUAUAAUAGUGACGACGAAGAAGACGAAGAGCUGUCAUUCGUAGCUGCAGCCGUCAGCUGUGAACUGGAGUGCGAUGAUGACGAGAAUGAUGUCAUAGCAAAUGCGAACGAAAUAAGCAGAUCGGAGGCGAAUAAUUCAAGUAACGAAAUAGUCGUUCUCAAUUCAGAUGAUGAAAAUGUCGAAUUUGUAGACGAACAGGAUAAAAGAUUAGAACUGCGUUGGGAAGAUUUAGUUCGACGCGAAAAGGGGCGACAAUUUUUCGAAUGUUAUUUGUGUGGCAAGAAGGUGCAGUCUAGCUAUAAUUUGAGAAGACACAUGAUGAUACAUACAGGUGAACGUCCAUUCGCCUGUGAUAUGUGCGAUCGGCGCUUUCGCGAGUUCAGUGAUCUGAAGAAACAUCGUCGCCGACACUCGAAUGAGCCGAACUUUGUGUGUAUGGUCUGUCGCGUAAAGCCACCGAUGAUUCAAGAUCCAACCCGUUGCAGUGACUGUGAUUCGAAGACGAUUGCUACCACAGCGGCUACAGUGCGUCCACAAUACUCCGCUACACCGCCCUCUUCACCAGAAAAACCACAAUCACCGCUAACACCUACGCCGCCUCCACAACUACCGCCACUCAUUGCAAAGCCAUUGCUGCCAACUGAGAGUAUCCAUGACUUUUCGGAAGCAACAACAAUAACAACUGCGAUUACUACGUUAAGGAAUAAUAAUAAUACAACAAUUACAUUAAAAUCAAUACCCCAACCCACAUCUGGUGCCGUUUCUCCCAAGCGAUCGAAAUCUACGCCUCUGCUACAAUCAGACUUACCGUCAUUGGUGCCGAUAAAUGCGCCAAUUACCCUUAAUUAUAAGAGUGGUACACAUUCGCUGCUCGACAAUAUACCCGCAGUGCACAGACCCAACUACAAUCAGUUGGGCGUUAUGACACGUAAAGAAUUUCCAUGCCCAUUAUGUCAGCGAGCGUUUGGCACAAGACACAAUCUAAAGCGUCACUUCAUGAUACAUACUGGCGAGAAGCCGUUUUCCUGUAGCAAGUGUCGCAAACCGUUUCGGGAAUACUCAACGUUGAAAAAGCACAUGGUGACACAUCAACGAGAGCGUUAUUAUAAAUGUUUGCAUUGUCCUAGUAAAUAUCGUGAUUAUUUGGAAUACAGCGAGCACAAGAGAACACACGUCAGUGAGGAUGACGUCGAUGAUGAUGAGGAAACAAAUUUUGAUCCACAGCAGCUCAGCUCCUCCAGCAGCACGUCAAGCCCACAAAAAAGAGCUAAAACGCGCUACGACAGUAGCUAUGAUUCGAACGAAGAUGAUUCGUCAACGGAAGAUUGUUGGCUAGAAUGUUGUGAGUGUAAACAGCGCUUCACAGAAAUCGAGUCCUACACCAAACAUUUGAAAGAGCACGAUCCAUCGGUGUACUUCUAUGAAUGCUACAUUUGUAAAAAGACUUUUGAGCAGCGUGACGAAUUAGUCGAGCAUGUGGGCGCUUGUAAGGAAGAGCUGCGCGAGACAGCCUUGCAACGAGCUACCUGUUUCAAGUAAGAAUAUGGAAACUUGUAGAAGUUAUACAAAAAUAAGCAUGUUUUGUUGCUUAUGAGAGGAUAUCAUGUAUUUUUUAUAAUAAUUAUCCAUGUGACUAGACCGUCUUCGGCGAGUAUACAUUCAUAUGAAUAAACAUAUGUAUAUGUAUUAAAUUAGAUUUAAAAAAAGAACGUAAGAUAUAUGUACAUAUAUGUAUAUCACUUCGUGUGAUGAAAGAAUUUCUAAGCCCAAAAAGCCAGGGGUCAAAUAUAGUACAACAGGGUUUUUACGUUUAUGAUAUUUCUCCGUUGGUUUUUAAAUCAAGGGAUUUAAAAAAAAAUGACAACCGAAAAAACUAAGAAUACUACAAUGUUAUUGUUGUAUUUUUUUUUUUUUGUUUUACACGCUGAAAUUAUUGCUAUAUAAGCCAGUUGUAUGUACUUAAGGUUUUCGUAAACUGUUGUUAUUCCAUUAAUUGCCCUCGGUCGGAGUGCAGCUUAAUAUUUAAACCAUUAUAUGUGAUUAAAAUAUUUUUCAAUGUAUACCAG